AUGUUUUUAAUACCAACUAUUGAAUCAUCGUCGUCAUUAUUAAAUAAUCAUGAAAAAUCACAUUCAACUAUGACGUAUAUUUAUCCUGUAUUGAAUUUAACCAAUGAAUCAAUAAAAAACAACAUAAAUUCAUCGUUGAAUAAGUUAAGAGGUUUCGAUAAUUCUUUAACUUACACUUCAAUUAAAGAUGGAUCAAAUUUGACUAAAACACAAAUAAAAGUCAUUUUAACAGUUGUGAUUGUUAUUAGUUUUAUUAUGUUUAUUAUGGCCAUAUUUCGAUUUAAAAACGCCUGUCGCGAUCAAGAAGCAAAUAGAAUACAGACUGACAUCAUACGAGAUCGUGCUUUAAAAUAUAGGGAAUCAAGUUCAAGACGGGGAAGUAUUACUUAUUAUACACGUAAAUACAAUCCAACGCCUGGCAUUUAUUCGAACGAACGGUUAAAUACAUCGUUUUCAAUAAAACGAUUUAGCAAUCCUAGCUGUAAUUACUCAUCUCAGACGACAACUACAACUGUUCUUCCGUCGCCAUUGCCAGUAGAAUCAUUAACACCAACAUCAGUUGCAACAGCAACUACUGCUACUGCCACUCGUCAAAAUUAUGCGACAUCGUCAUGCAAAACAUCCAAUAAUGCAAAUAAUACUUAUGCAUCAAUUCCUGUAAAACCAAUUGUUCGAAAAUCUUUUACUACUAUCGGAAUAAGUCGGGUAGGUUGUGCUUAA